ACGGUUUCCUUUAAGAAUAGAAAUGGACGUAACAGUCGUACUCUUGAGCCUCGUAGUUCUUGUGAUUCUUUAUUUCUAUCUGACGAGAAACUUCAAAUAUUGGCAGAAACGUGGCGUACCAUGCGCGAGUGGCGCUGUGCCUGGCUUGGGUCACAUGUGGGACGUCGUACGUAUGAAGAUAAAUUUUUCAGAAUUUAGUAAUAAGAUUUAUGAUGACAAUCGGAAUCACAGCAUGGUGGGAUUUUAUAACUUCAUGACACCAUCCUUGUUCGUUCUUGAGCCGGAGUUAGUGAAGACUGUGCUGCAGACGAAUUUCACGAAUUUCCAUGAGAAUGGCCUCAAGAUUAAUCCCGACUUGGACCCGCUCCUGGCGAACAAUCCUUUUUUCAACUACGGUGAAAAAUGGAUUAUCGGGAGGAAGCGCCUGACCUACGCGUUCUCCAGCAUGCGGCUGAAAAUCCUGCUGGAAAGUGUCAAACAGGUGUGCGAGAAAUUCGAGAAUUAUGUGGAUAAGAAACUGGGUAAAACCGGAAGAGCGGAAUUGGAGUUAAAGGAGUUAUUCGCCAGAUUCACCUCGCAAGUAGUAGCCGGCGCUGGAUUCGGCGUAGACGGAAUGUCCUUCGACGAUGAGAAAGAGAAAGAAUCUUUCUACACAAUGGGCAAGUCAUUUCUCGAGGGGUCCAGCUUGAACAAUCUUAUCUUCACUUUUGUGUUGUUUAUACCGUCGUUGGGUAAAAUGUUGAGGAUGAGACUAGUACCGAAGAAGAUCGAUCAUUUCUUUAGAACACUGGUCGUAGACAUAAUGGAACAAAGGAGAAGGGAGACAACACGCAGAAAUGACUUCCUUCAGUUAAUGGUCGAUCUGGAAAAGACGGAAGGUGAUGAGUUUGAUUCGACCGUCCUCGCAUCUCACGCAAUGUCGUUCUUCGUCGAUGGCAAUGAAACGUCCAACACUACUUUGAGCUUUAUUGGCUACAAUUUGGCUACCAAUCCUAAAGUGCAAGAAAAAUUACGCGAGGAAGUGAUAUCUGUGCUUAAUAAGUAUGAUGGCGUUAUUACCUAUGAAGCCUUGAGGGAGAUGACGUAUAUGGAUCAAGUGAUAAGCGAAUCACAAAGAAUCACACCUGCACUGGGAUUUUUGAGCAAGAUAUGUACAGAGGACAUCGAGAUAAAAGGAUCUGAUGGAGUAGUUUGUCGCGUAGAACGUGGAACGCCAGUUCUGAUACCCAUCCAUGCGCUGGCGAAAGAUCCUCGAUACUGGGAAAAUCCCGAAGAGUUCGAUCCCGACAGAUUCGGUCCGGACAGAAAGAACAGUAUUGAGAGAUUCGCCUUUCUUCCAUUUGGUGAGGGACCGCGUAUCUGCGUGGGAAUGAGAAUGGCUCUACUUCAGAUGAAAGCGUGUUUAGCUACAUUCCUGAGAAAAUAUAGUCUAGAGCUUUCUCCGAAAACGCAGUUACCAUUAAAAUAUAAUUCGGCUUUAUUAAACACUGUGGAAGGUGGUAUUUGGGGCAUUAUUCGACCGUUGUAAUCACGAGAAUUUUUUUAAGUUCUAUUUUUUUUUUAAGCUCUCUUUCUUUACUUCGACUUUUUUUUAUAAUCAUACGUAUUCUUGUAAUGUUAAUUUUUGUAGAAUUAAUAGUUUAAUAAUAUCUUUUGAAUCAUUUUUUGUGACUAUAUGUAAUUGAAAUUAUAUAAAAAAUAUAAAUUUAUUUAUUAUUUUUCAAUCGGACUUUGUAAAUCAGACUUAAUUCUGAUUGUAUAUAAAAUUUAUUGUGUACAUUCGGUUAUAUAUAAAUAUUAUUUUACAUUGUAUUUUACAUUGAAUGCAGUUAUUAUACUGACAGAAAUUUUCAUAAUGUACUUCUUAUCUUUUUUUUAUCUACAUAAAAUAUUAAUAUAUAAAAAACUAAUGUUUUGAAGCUAUUGUCAUGUUGACAUUUAUUGCGCACAAUUUCGCGAUGCAAGUUAAUCGUUUAUGAUUUGAUAAUAUAACGAUAUUAAAGUGACAACAUAAAGAUGGUACUGCAUAUUUAAUAAAAAUUUUCGUGGAAAAAUUUUUUGUUGAAAUCUGUAAUGAUGAAUGCAAUCUGCAUUAUAUACAAUAUACACAAUGUAAUAAUUUA